AUGUUUCGCCUUUGGAGCUCGUCAACCCUCUCCCUCCGGCUCUCGAAAUUUAACGCUUCCUCUCCGAUAUAUCCUCGUUGUCUACGUUGUCGCCGUUCCGUGAACAAUCCGAAGCAAUGGCGUCGUCUCUCCAGCACGGUGGACCCGAAGUCUCUCAUGAUGGACUUGAAGAGUGACCUCUUUAACUACACGACUGGGCGUUUCCUUGCCAACGAUGCGUACCGCCUCAGAGAGCGUCAGCGAAUCUUCGACAUGCCAGGGCUCUUCAAUAUUGUCGCCAACGCAAUGAACUGCAAGGUGGAGCAGAUCACAGAUUUUCGAAGGCUCGCAGAAGGUGGUCUCAAUCGCGUCUUUCUCGUCACUCUGGACACCAACUUAAAACUCGUCGCACGCAUCCCGUAUCCACUCCUUGUCCCCAAAGCAUACGCCGUCGCCAGCGAAGUUGCCACCAUGGAUUACCUCCGCUCCAAAGGGGUUCCUACUCCGAAAGUCUACGCAUAUUCGUUUACGCCGGACAACGAAGCCCAGACCGAGUACGUUCUCAUGGAAUACAUCGAAGGGAGGGAUUUGAGGGAGGUUUGGUUUUAUUUGAAGAAGAACGAGAUUAUCUCCCUCAUGAACCAGCUAGUGAAGAUUGAGUCCGCUAUGAUGGCCACCUCUUUCCCCGCUGGCGGCAGUAUCUACUACGCGGAAGAUCUCAAGAAGUUAUGUGGGAAGGAGGGAAUUACUAUCGAGGAGCAGGAGCAAGUCAACGAUGGCAAAGGAAGGUUCUGUGUGGGGCCCGAUGUAUCGGUAGCGCUGUGGUACGGGCGAAGAGAACAACUAGACGUCUUCCGAGGACCAUAUGAGGAUGCGGAGUCGGUGCUAGUUGCAGGAGCCAAGAAAGAACUUGCCUAUCUUGAGCAAUUUGGCUCGCCAAAGCAGCCAUACGAUCGUUCUCGAAGAAAUUACUACUACUUCAAGCCCCAGCUACCGUCUGAUCACGCUCAAAAUCUCCAGCACUAUCUUCUCCUUGCACCUUCACUCGUACCAAAGGACGAUCUCCUUACCACUUUCCGACUCCGACAUCCUGACCUCACCGAGAAUAACAUCAGAAUAUCCACAAGUGCUUCUGGUGAUUUACAGAUUGUGGGUGUGCUGGACUGGCAGCACACGGCUGUCCUACCUCUCUUCCUCAACGCUGGCAUGCCCGACUUCGUGCAAAACCAAGCAGACGAAUUUUCGCGGAGCAUGAAGAAACCCGUUGUGCCAGACAACCUCGACGAGCUGUCGGAAGAAGAACAAGAGGUGCUUCGUCGCCGUCUUGUCUAUUACUACUACGUCAUCAGCACGCUUACCUACAACAAGCUUCACCAGAAAGGCUUAGCCUAUUCGCACAACGCUGCUUGCCGUCGAAUUUACAUUCACGCGACUGCUCCAUGGAAGGGCGAGACUAUUGGGUUGCGAUUUGCACUGAUAAAUUGUGUGCUUGACUGGGCAGAGUCUGCGAGCGAUGAACGUUGUCCAGUUGCAUUCACGGCGACGGAAAUCGAGGAAGCCGUCAAUCUCAUGCAGGGUUUACAAGAGGCUGAGGAGGAUGACCGGUUGCUUAGAACUUACAUUGGCUACAAUGACGACACAUGGGUCCCCGCUGCUGACUACGAGGCGGCCAGGACGAGAGCCCAGGAAGUGAAACAGAAGAGUUUCGAAUUCACUGAAAGUGAGGAGGAAUCCGCUGCGAUUGACGCGAACUGGCUCUUUGACGAUAUGGAUGAAGCGGAAUUGGAGGGGUACAAGUAG